AAUGUCCACGCGUUCUCGGGCCUGCUUAUUACGAGCCCAGUCGAUCACCACUCGGUCGAAAACGGCCGCGACCGAGGACGCGUGUAACUCUGCGUCUCUGCGCGAAAGCGCGGGACGAGUUGCACGACUCUCGUUGCCUGUCGUCCGUCGUUAAUCGUCUCGAACUCGUCCGCUAGCGGCACGUCUACAGCUAUCUCGGCCCAACUUCUAACUCGGAUAUUCGACGUUCACCGCAUACGAUGGCCACGUACACUCCAGUGAAAGCAAUCUUCAAGCCAUCGCAACAACGUGGACGAGAUAUCGCAGUCUAUGUGCUGCCAGAAGAUCCUGAUUUAUGUAUGGAAUUCAGUUUUAAGAGAUUCAACAGUCAGGGAAAUAUCGCUAGCUAUGUUUGCACGGCUUGUCGAGCACUGAAAGACCGUGCACCACGACUUUACGGGGUUGUGCCAACGGUACGGGUCCAGAACGGGUAUUUUAUGAGCGACCCCACAUGUACGGAGCAUCCGCACUUCUGCGAACCACGCAAUUAUCCACGGUCGAUGAUGCGAAGAGAAAUUAUUGCGAAGUUUAAUGAAAUCAGAGAGAAUUAUGAUGACGCCGGCACACCGGAAGAGGUCGAGGAAGACUUGCUAAAAGCGAUCAAUAAACCUGAAUAUGCACAUUUUGGCGAGGAAGAACGUCAAGAAAUGGUGAAACAACUAGUGAUGGGACAUAUUGGUGGACGAGAUACACUGCGAAGUUUAAUUCGAACGAAUCGAAAAGCAAAGAGACGACGACCGCAGUUCGAAUUCCCCGAGACAGAACCUCCACCACCACCGCUGAAAACCGUUCGAACCGCCAUCAAGCAAGAGAUUCAAGAUCCCACCCACGAACACGUCCGCCACUUCCAACAACCAUCGCCGCAGCCCUCGUCUUCGCAGCUGUCACGUAGGCUGUUGAUGACACCUGCACCGACAACGAGCUGUCUGGGAACAGCUGAAGGAUUUUCACAACUUCUUGCCAAUGAUCCGUCGAAAUCGGUGGGUGUGGCGGCAAUCGAGACAUUGCUCACAGCUCUUGAAAAUAGCAGAGCGACCACGGUGAAUGAGUUGAACAAAGAAUUGACGGAAAUUGUGAAUGGAAUGGCGAAAACGGACUACAGUUCCACGUCCAUACGAAGCGCAAGCGAUCUUUUUAGAAGAUUCAUUACAUUAGCUCCUGCUGAACUGCUCGACCAACGCGAUUUCUCGAAAGUCCUAGCAUUCUAUCGACAGCGAGGCAAGACUUUUAUAGAACGAGUAGGAAAAUCCAGAGGAAUGAUUGCAAGGCAUGCUAGGCCAUUUUUCAGGAACAAUAUGAACAUAUUAACGCACUCAUAUAGCAAAGUUGUGUUGGAAGCGUUAAGUACGGUUCACAAAACUGGUACUGUAGUUCAUGUUUGGGUGACGGAAUCGCAGCCGGAUGCUUCGGGUCGAUUGAUGUGUGACGCCCUUCGCAAGGAGGGAAUAAAAGCUACUCUGAUUCUAGAUAGUGCAGUGGGAUACAUGAUGGAACGCAUCGAUAUGGUCGUUGUUGGUGCAGAAGGUGUCAUGGAAACAGGUGGAAUAAUCAAUAAAAUUGGAACCCUAAAUGUUGCCAUAUGUGCAAAAACUAUGAACAAAGCUGUUUUUGUCAUGGCUGAGAGUAUCAAAUUCGUCAAAGAAUAUCCAUUGAAUCAGGCGGAUAUACCCGAAGAGUUCAAGUAUCGGACAUCGGUGUUAGAAAAAGGAGACCUUUCCGUUGAACAUCCAAUGGUUGACUAUACUCCUCCGCAGUACAUCAACCUUUUAUUCACUGAUCUUGGCAUCCUUACACCAGCUGCAGUGGGAGAAGAAUUGAUAAAAUUGUAUACAUGAGAUUAGGCUCAACUAUCUCGUUUCUCUGGGUUUUCUAGUGUGUGAUUCCGCUAUCGCCCGUUGUUUUCUGUUGGGUCUGUACACUGAAUAUGAAGUAUUUUAUAAACUGAUUUCGCCUAUACGCAUUCAUUGUUUAUGCACUAAAGCUCAAUGCUUCAUUCGCAAAAUAAAAUGGAAAUUCGUUCUUCGCAUAAAUACGGAUUUGUCAUUCGUUUGACGACUCUUCUUGCGAUUGGCGAUAUGUUCCAUUGAUAAUCGCAAGUUGCAUCAAUUGGCAACGUUUAUAGUCGUCAUGAGCAGGCGUCAGAAGAUUACGUACGCUUUCUACACCUUGGCGAAGUUUCUGUUGACAUCUGUGACGUGGAGUGUAAGUACACUGAUAUUCAUGAUAUUGUAAACGAUCACUCACAGUAUGCUAUUAUGGUCUACAGCGGUGACGAGAACAUGCAAAGGUUCCUCGAGAUGGUCCCAUCCUGGUUGUCCGCGAAGACGCUGUUCUUUCCUAGGGUCCUGAAAUGCUUAUCAGUUUGUUUUGAAUCUCGACCACCCAGGAUCUAUGGUUUGAAAUGAUUGUAUACUUCUUAGUAGGGCUUUUAUUGGAGAACCUAUUAUGCUACACUAUCUUACCUUGACGCUUCCUUUUCCUCUUAUUAAGAUAUGACACCCUGUAUCCGACUCCAAUUGUUUGACACUCAUUCCAGCAGGUCCAAUAAUUCUUCCGAUAAAGUUGCAUUUUGACCUAAAAAUGGGAACGGCUCUUUUUUGUAUUGCAAAAGAAUGGACAGGAAUAGCUCAUGGUGUUUGUAGAACUUGUGAUUAGCACUCUUCGUUUUUGAUCGCUACUGUAACCUUUAAAUCAACUGGAUGGGCGGCUGGAAGGCGGGGCUUUGUGACCUAACUAAAGGGCCGGGC